AGAGCCUUAAAACAUACUUUUCACAAUUCGGUGAAGUAACGGAUUGCAUAGUUAUGAGAGAUCCAAAUACAUCGAGGUCUCGUGGUUUUGGGUUUUUGACAUUUGUAGAUCCAAGCGUCGUCAAUACCGUAUUGGUUAAGGAACAUCAGCUGGAUGGUAAAAUUAUUGAUCCAAAGCGUGCUAUUCCUCGCGAAGAACAAGAAAAAACCGAAAAAAUCUUUGUAGGGGGCAUUGCACCUGAAGUUACUGAAGAAGAGUUUAAGGAAUAUUUUUCGCAAUUUGGUCAUGUCAUCGAUGCUACUCUCAUGGUUGAUCGUGACACUGGCAGACCUCGUGGAUUUGGUUUUAUCACAUUUGAUUCUUCUGAACCUGUAGAAAAAGCGAUGAACCGACAGGAUUUGGAAAUUCGUAAUAAACAGAUUGAAGUGAAACGUGCGAUGCCUAAACACAAAUCACAACGUGUACAAACACUGUACAGUCAGCAGAGUUAUGGAUCAUCAUCAUCUGCGUCUGCAGGAAUGAUGACAUCGCCGGCUAGUUCGGCUAAUAGCAGUUACGGUGGUUAUGGUCAAUAUUCUAAUUACGGUAGUUACGGAAGUAAUUAUCCUAGUGGAUACCCUUAUAGUGCAAUGACUCAUGCAUAUUAUUCUUCAAGAUACGGAAAUUAUGGCAGUGCUUCUGCAUUAGGUGGUCCAAGUUCAAGCAGUCGUCUUGGGGGUGGAUAUCGCCAUUCCCCCGGACGUGAUGAUGGUUACG